AUGAUUGAUGUCACGCGAGACAAGAUUGCAGAUUUUGAGAUGAGGCUGAUGGAUAUAGACAGUGAACAUCUGGGAUUACCUGAGGCCGAGUACCACUCAAUCGUGAGGAUGCCUUCGAAUGAAUUUUCAAGGAUUUACAAAGAUCUCAGUAGCAUUGGUGAUACAGUUGUCAUCUCUAUGACUAAAGAAGGGGUGAAGUUUUCCACUGGAACCGCUAACAUUGUGCUCAGGCAGAACACAACUGUAGACAACGAUCAACAUCCGGAAGAUGCGAUUGUGAUAGAGAUGAAUGAGCCAGUGUCGCUCUCAUUUGCCCUGAGGUACAUGAAUUCAUUCACAAAGGCAACUCCAUUGUCCGACACAGUGACAAUAGUGGUUGUGGAGUAUAAGGUUGCUGAGAUGGGUUACAUUCGUUACUUCCUUCAUAGUUUCAUCAAAAUUAGUUAUCUUUGA